AUGGCUCCUGUCACGAUCCAUUGCGUCCGUCAUGCUCAAGGCUUCCACAACGUCAGCGUUGCGAACCAUGCCAUGCAUGACCCCAUGCUGACACCCCUCGGCGAGGAACAAUGCAAAGCUCUUCAAACAAAGUUUCCCUUUAUGGACCGUGUCGAUGCCAUUGUAGCUUCUCCCAUGAAACGCACUGUAUAUACUGCUCUUCACUCAUUCGCUCCGGUCAUCAAGGACAAAAGACUCAAAGUCAUGGCUCUACCAGAACUCCAAGAGACAUCGGAUCUGCCUUGCGAUACUGGGAGUAAUGUUCAAGAUCUCGAGGCAGAAUUCAAAGGCCAACCCGUCGACUGGAGCUACAUGUACACUCCUCCGGCCAAGGCUUGGAACAGCAAACUCGGCAAGUGGUCUGCAACUGCUUCAGCUGUCGAUGACCGCGCAAGGGUCGCUAGAGAAUGGCUGUACAGCCGUCCAGAAAAGGAGAUUGUCGUCGUCACUCAUGGUGGUUUCUUACAUUACUUAAUCGAGGACUGGAUGGACACGAAUAAGAACGGUACUGGCUGGGCCAACACCGAGUAUCGUUCCUAUACCUUUGGCUCAAACCCUAGAAGCGGUAGACCCGUUUUCAUCGAGACACCUCAGAGCCGCGCACGGCGUAUGGGGGACGACAAACCUUUGAGCAGAUCAGAACAAACCAAUCUGCAACGUGUCGAGUCAAGGCAGAGGGCCGAAGAGGAGAAGGCGUAUCAAAAAGCCAGCAGCAUUCAAGCAAAGGUAUAA